UUCACCAUGAUAUCCAUGGACUUUCUGUUGAACCCUUAUUUCUUCACAGUUUUCUCAGUAGUUUCAACUCUUUUGGCGCUUCAAUGUGUCUCCAGAAGAUUGAACAAAAGCCAGAGGAAGAAGAAGUAUCAUCCUGUUGGCGGCACCAUCUUCAACCAGUUUCUCAACUUCAAUAGGCUCCACCAUUACAUGACUGAUCUCGCCGGCGAAUACAGAACCUACAGGUUGCUCACGCCUUUACGGAACGAGAUUUAUACUUCUGACCCGGUCAAUGUCGAGUACAUUCUUAAAACCAAUUUCGCGAAUUUCGGAAAGGGACCGUACAACUACAACAAAUUGAGGGAUCUACUAGGUGAUGGGAUUUUCACUGUUGAUGGUGAAAAAUGGCGCCAACAGAGGAAAAUAUCAAGCCAUGAAUUCUCAACAAAAAUGCUAAAAGAGUUUAGUAUUGAAAUUUUCAGGAAAAUGCAGCAAAAACUAGCAAAUAAAGUGUCUGAGGCUGCAACCUCUAAUCAGAUAUUGGAAAUUCAAGACCUGCUUAUGAAAUCAACUCUGGAUUCAAUAUUCCAAGUUGCAUUUGGAACUGAACUAGGCAGCAUGUGUGGAUCAAAUGAAGAAGGAAGGAGGUUUGCUGAUGCUUUUGAUACUUCAAGCGCAACAACCCUCUUCCGUUAUGUUGAUGUGUUCUGGAGAUUAAAGAAAUUUCUAAAUAUUGGUUCGGAGGCCCGCCUAAGAAAGAAUACUAAAAUUUUAAAUGACUUUGUAUUCAAGCUAAUCAAUACUAGAAUUCAGCAGUUGCAGACGUCAAAGGAUUCUGCUAAUAAAAGAGGAGACAUUCUCUCGAGGUUUCUGCAAACAGAUGAAUUUGAUGCAACAUACUUAAGAGAUAUAAUUCUCAACUUCGUGAUUGCUGGCAAAGACACGACGGCUGCUACACUUGCUUGGUUCAUUUACAUGCUAUGCAAGCAUCCUGCUGUACAAGAAAAAGUUGCGCAAGAAGUGAAAGAAGCAAUAAAUAAAAAGGAUAUUUCUAGCUCCAGAGAAUUCGUGUCACGCUUGACAGAUGAAGCUCUUGAAAAGAUGAAUUAUCUUCAUGCAGCGAUUACUGAAACUCUCAGACUAUAUCCCGCAGUUCCGGUGGACGCAAAGAUGUGUUUUUCAGAUGAUACAUUGCCAGAUGGAUACAGUGUGAAUAAAGGUGAUACAGUAGCAUACCAACCUUAUGCAAUGGGUCGCAUGAAAUUUAUAUGGGGAGAUGAUGCAGGGGAAUAUAGGCCAGAGAGAUGGCUUGAUGAGAAUAACAUUUUCAAGCCAGAAAGCUCUUUCAAAUUUACAGCUUUUCAGGCGGGUCCCCGGAUUUGUCUAGGAAAAGAGUUUGCUUACAGACAGAUGAAGAUAUUCUCUGCAGUGCUUUUGGGCUGUUUCCGCUUUGAAUUGAAUGAUGAUCAGGAAGUUGUCACUUACCAGCCAAUGUUAAAUCUUCACAUCGAUGGAGGUCUCCGGGUCCGAGCCUUCCACAGAUAGCCACUUCCAUUAGCGGACAGCUUCACAACACACAACAAAUUCAACAACCACCACCACCACCAACCUAUAAGAUCUUAAUUAUCCCACUAAGCGAGGUUGGUUGUAUAUGUAUGUAUGUACGUAUGUAUUUUAUACACAUAUGAAUGAUGCUGCUAGAUGAGUUCGCACGUGUAUUUCUUGGCAGGUUAGUACAUGUUGAUGUAGUGUUGAUCUCGUGAAUGGUAUUAUGGUGGAUAUAUAACUACUGGUACUGUUAGCAAAGACAAUAAGUUACAAAAAUAAAGAGUAAAUGUACGUCUUUAUUUAGGAAUAAUGGUGAAAAACAAUUGUAUCAAGUAAUAUAAUUA